AUGGCGCCGCCGACGAUCUCCGCCGCGAAGGUCGGAGUAACCUACUCCACUCCCGACUUCAGCUCUGGAUCCGUCAAAGUUUCUCCAGAAAGAAUUGUAGCAAAGAUCGUUUCUAUGGAGAUCGAGGCGGUGAGGCUUCUCGAUCCGAAUCCAGAGAUGAUUGGCGCCUUUGCCUCCACGACGGUAUCUCUGUUCCUCUCUGUUCCCAGUCCACUGGUUCCGAUGCUGGCUUCAGAUCGUUCGCAUGCGCUAGAGCAAGACCUAGUUCUUCCAAGUCAGAAUUGGAUACUUCACGUCGACGGAUCGUCAACAAACAAAGGAUCAGGAGCAGGAGUCCAACUUCAGUCUCCAAUAGGCGAGCUAAUCAGACAGUCGUUCAGUUUCGGCUUCACCGCUUCAAACAAUGAAGCGGAAUACGAGUCAUUGAUCGCAGGACUACGACACGCUAAGGCAGUCAAAGCAAAACACCUCAGUGCAUACUGCGACUCACAACUAGUUACCAGUCAGUUUAGCGGCGACUACGAUGCUCGUAACGAACGAAUGGACGCGUACCUUAAAGUCGUUCAAACACUCGCUAGGGACUUCAAAUUCUUCGAACUCACCAAAGUCCCCAGAGGAGAGAACGUGUGCGCCGACGUCCUCGCUGCCUUGGGUAGCAGGCUGCACGAUCUUGGCCAUCCACAAGAUCGACAAGCCAAGCAUCGAGCUCCCGCCUAG